AUGAAAACUAAGCUAAACCAGGGGAAUAGGGGGAAUGGUCAGAAUGGGAAGUUUGGGAAUGGUAGCAACAACAACAACAAGUCUGACAACGGCAACAACAACAACUUAGGCAACAACAACUCAGGCAACAACAACAAUGGUUAUCAGGCAAGAAACAACACUCCCGGCCGCUUGUCUAUGAUGAGCAAGGGAGAAGCUGAGAGGUCCUCGGAUGUAGUUACUGGUACUUUUUCUAUCCAUUCUGUCUCUGUCAACACUCUAUUUGACUUUGGAGCAGCUUAUUCUUUCAUUUCUACUUCUGUUGUGCGCAAGUUAAACUUAACUGAAUCGAGUCAUGUUGAUGUGUCAGUUAGUCUGCCUACGGGCAAACUUGUUCAUUGUAAUAAAAUAUUCAAAGGCUUGCCUUUGAAAAUAGGAGAAGCUAUCUUUCCAUCAGACCUUAUUAAGUUUAACCUAGGGGACUUAGAUGUAAUUCUGGGGAUGGAUUGGCUGAGUUUAUACAAGGCCAAGAUAGACUGUGAGAUGCAGAGGGUGAAGCUGAGUGAUCUGUUGGGUAAGAUAGUGUCCUAUAGACAGUUAGGGAAUCCUAAGGGUUUUGGGAUCAUUCCUGCUAUGAAGGUGAAGAAGCUAGUGAAUAAGGGAUGUCCAUUGUACUUUUGCUGUUUUCAAGAUUUGAGUAUGAGUGAGAGUAGAAGGAUGAAGGAUGUACCCAUUGUGAAUGAGUUUUUAGAUGUCUUUCCAGAAGAGAUUUCGGGAAUGCCACCUAAGAGGGAAGUUGAGUUUACCAUUGACUUAGUUCCAGGAGCUGCACCUAUCUCAAAAGCACCAUAUAGAAUGGCACCAGUUGAGAUGAGUGAACUAAAGGCUCAAUUGGAGGAGUUGUUAGACAAGGGGUUCAUUAGGCCUAGUGCAUCACCUUGGGAGCACCUGUGUUAUUUGUGA